UAUGUACAAAUAAUCUGAACUUUGUUGGCGUGGCGAUUGCUCCGAGGAUUGCACCCCAUUUGACGGGGCCAAAGUUCACGUAUCCAAUUUCAACCCAUGAAGGCCUUAUAAUUUCACUGAACCUUUUCUCGAACAUCUCUAAUUUGAAACUUACGGAGAACGAAACAGCUCCCCCAAACAAAGAAAAAGGCUAUUCUCGGUUACUCACCGUCGGUAUUCUCCAACCGACACAAUGGGCCAAUUCCCUUCCGCCGCUUUAGAUAGGGAAAACUCCCACAGCGAUCGCUUCAGGGUUUUAUCCUCUUCUGGUUUUAUUUCCGGCAAUGAAUUUUCUGAUGAGAUUUCGGAUUACACCGCUGAGAUUCCCGACGAGUGUUUGGCUUAUGUUUUCCAAUUCCUCCGCCCUGGCGAUCGGAACCGGUGUUCUCUUGUCUGCAAGCGGUGGCUUCGCGUGGACGGUUGGAGCCGCCACCGUUUGUCUCUUAACGCUCAAUCUGAGAUCGUCACUUCUUUGCCUUCUCUCUUUACGCGCUUCGACUCGGUAACAAAACUCGCCCUACGUUGUAGCCGUAAAUCAAUCAGCUUAAACGAUGACGCUUUGGUUAUGAUCUCAAUCCGUUGCCAAAACCUCACACGGCUUAAGCUCCGCGGUUGCCGUGAAAUUAGCGACAAAGGAAUGUCGGCAUUUGCUCAGAAUUCUAAGAAUCUAAGGAAACUUUCUUGUGGUUCUUGUAUGUUUGGCACCAAAGCUUUGAACGCUGUCCUCGAUUAUUGCAAGAAUUUAGAAGAGUUAUCGGUGAAAAGGCUCAGAGGAAUCCACGAUGGAGCUGAGUGGAUCGGGCCAGGAGCUGUGGCUUCUUCGCUGAAAAUGAUUUGCUUGAAGGAGCUCGUUAACGGUCAGUCUUUUGAACCGCUUGUGGUUGGAUCAAAAAACCUUAAAACUUUGAAAAUUAUUCAUUGUUUGGGUGAUUGGGACAGAGUCCUUCAAUUAAUUGGAAAUAGAAAGCGAAGCGGAGAAGAAAAUUUGAAUUUUAAUAACAAUAAUAGCAAUAGUAAUAGUAAUAGUAAUAAUAAUCCUUUGAUGGAAAUCCACCUUGAGAGGCUUCAAGUGAGUGAUAUAGGCCUAUCUGCUAUUUCGAAAUGUACCCAAAUUGAGAAUUUGCUUAUUGUGAAAACCCCGGAGUGUUCGAAUUAUGGGCUUGUUUGUGUAGCUGAGCAUUGUAAGUUGUUAAGGAAGCUUCAUGUUGACGGAUGGAGGACAAAUAGGAUUGGAGAUGAGGGUUUGGUUGCUGUAGCCAAACACUGUCCUAAUUUAGAAGAACUUGUUUUGAUUGGUGUUAAUGCUACCCAUUUGAGCUUGGCGGCUAUUGCUUCUAAUUGUUCGAAACUUGAGAGAUUAGCUCUUUGUGGAAGUGGAACUAUUGGUAAUACAGAGAUUGAGUGCAUUGCAGAAAAAUGUAUGGCGUUGAAGAAACUUUGUAUCAAGGGAUGUCCUAUUUCGGAUAUCGCCAUUGAAGCACUGGUUUCUGGUUGUCCCAGUUUAAUGAAAAUUAAGGUGAGGAAAUGUAAAGGAGUGAGUAGUGGGGCUGGUGAAUGGUUGCGUGAACAGAGGGGAUCGAUGGUGGUCAGUAUGGAUGACUGUGAGAUAGAUGGUGGUUUUGAGUCUAGUGUCGGUGACAGUGGAGUUCAUGAAAUUGGGGUGGAGUUUCCGCAGGCAUUUGGCCGAGUAACUGGCGCAGAUGCUCCGACAAGUAGCAAUGGCAGGUUAGCAACGUUUAGGUCAAAGUUGGGGUUUUUUGCUGGUAGGAAUUUAGUGGCAUGCACAUUCAGAAGAUGGUCUAACAGUGAUGAUAGUUUCAAUAGCAACUUGUGAAUGAUCUUUGUAAGAG